CAGCCCCUUUGUAGAUCAUCGGAGUUUGGUAUUACCCCAGAAACCUUCAUGAACCGGUAGUCCGCCCUCUUGCUCACUCUUUCUCUUUCCUGACCUUGCUCUGAAGAUAGCGUCCUUGUCUUCGUCAACAAGUCAAUUCCAGCGACAAUGGCCAGGAGCACGACUCGUGCUCUUUUCUCAACGGCUUUGCUGUUCGCCACUGCUAAUGCUCAGUGGGGUGGAUUUGGAGGGAUCAACGGCGGUGGGGAUCCCUUUGGCAAUGGAAACGGAAAUGGAAAUGGUGGCAGCAGCAGUGGAAACAGCGGCUCGUCGUCCUCCUCGAAUUCAGCAUACGGCGCCGAGAUAUUCGGUUCCACGGCUGAGUACAACCGCGCAAAAUCAAUCCUGAUUGCCCACGCUGUCCUGGCCUCAUUGGUUUGGGUCAUCUUCAUCCCAUCGCUAGCCAUUCUCCUUCGACUAGACAUCCAGAACCCUGUCGUCCUUCGGAUCCACGCAGUCGGGCAGAUCCUGAGUUAUAUCAUCUUCGUCGUGGCUGCUGGUAUGGGCAUCUGGCUAGCCGAAAAGUCUUCGGCAUACGGCAUCUGGGACAAUUCUCAUCCACGCCUGGGUCUGGCCAUUCUGGCCAUUGCCUUCUUCCAGCCCAUCUUCGGCUUCGUGCAUCACCGCAUCUACAAGAAGCGAGCGUUGGGCAAGGCAGCUGGCAAAGCCACCAAGGCACCCGGUCGGACACCCAUCGGUCGCCUUCAUCUCUGGGUCGGCCGUAUCUUGAUCUUCUUGGCCAUUAUCAACGGUGGCCUUGGAAUCAGAUUGGCGUCCAGCAGCCCGUUCCAGACAGACUCGCAGACCAGGAAAGCGAGUGUUGCAUACGGCACCGUGGCAGCCGUCAUGGUAGUGCUGUAUCUCUUCUUCGUGGUUGCAUUUGAGAUUCGACGGGCUCGGUACCUUCGACAGCAGCAGCGCAACAGACGAGCCAUGGCUACCAAAGACACAUUGCCAACGUACGAUGAGAGUGAGGAGUCUGUCGGUCGGAGCACCCGAUCUUCCUGACACCUUGAUGAAGGAUGGAUUGUGACUUCCAGGAGUUGUGGGUGAAUCUCUCAUAGCCUGAUCAAUGAU